AUCAGUCAAUCAUCAGAGGCUCAGAGCUAAGCAGAUAUACAGAAAUCGACAUCUUUGUCAUAGUUAUGUCAGGAGCACAGGGAGCUCAGCCGCCGGGGUCACAGACGGCGACAACGUACGAGUCGGUUCAAGGAGGAGAGAACAAGAGCAGGACUGAGCUGCGAUCCAAGCAGGACCAAGGUGGCGUUCAGAUUCACAAACUACAGGACAAGGUUGAAGACGCUGCCGGCAAAGGUGGCCCUGUCUUUGGUGCCGGUAAAGAUCCAAAGAAAGACGACCUCGGUGUCACCGGCACUGGCUAGUUAGCUUAGGCUCUGUGUGUUUUAAUCAAAGUACGUACAUGUACUUGUUUAUGUAGCCCAAUCUCAUCAUGUAAUUAAUAUCCCCCGUUUUCUAACUUAUUUCUUUGCUUUUUAUUUUGUUCUAA